UUACAUUUUACAUCGACAAACAAAACGUGUUUUUUGCUGUAACUAUAGCUGUUAAACUGAACGACCGUAAGUUAGUCCGUAUAAAUGGCAAAGGUUUUGCUUUUGUUCCCCACAACUAAGUUAACUUAAAUAUGUAUUUGAAGUUUGGUGAAGCCUCCUCAGACCUACUCACCGCUUUUCUCGUUAACCUCAACAACAAAAACAAAGACAACCUCAACAGUUUAUCAAAAUGUAGCGGAGAGUUCAAGGAUAAAAGACUAAUGGAAUUCAUCUUCCUGAUAACUCAAGAACUCAAACUCGACCCACUGGUCGGAUACCACGCCAUUGAAUUACUCCAAAGGUUCAUGGUGAGGUAUCUCACAGAUUUGUUGAGCACACCCAGCCCUGAAGGUGCAGCUGCUGCUGAACCAAGAAGUAGUGAGGAUGCUGUGUUUGACGAGGUGAAGGACAAAUUCCACCUCAUCAUCUUCUCCUGCGUGCGGCUUGCAAGCAAACUGUUGUUGCACAGUCAGAUAAUCGACAACAACACAGCCGUGGGCUUUCUGCAUUCAGUCGGUCACACUGUUUCCAAGCAGACUCUGCUGGAGUCAGAGCUGAUGGUCCUUAAAGGGCUUGAGUUCAAACUGAAUACUCCCAACCCGCUGACAUACGUGGAAAUCCUUCUGGAGGUGCUUGGACAUAAUGAGCCGUCGAUCCCUGUGCAGCGCCUCCACCCGGUGUGCUGCCACAUCCUGCAGUUCGUCAGCCUGCAGAGAGCUGCCGUCUACCAUUCCUUGCUAGUGACGACCACUCAGUGUGUCAGCCCGUCCGCGGAACAAAGAGAGAAGUUUGUGACGGUGACUGAGGACUGCAUGCUGCUGGGUGUCUGUGUCAUCGCCGUGGCUACAUUCAUCCUCUCUGUCAAAAACUGGGAACAGGUCGUUGGAGAACUGAGCCACAUCACAGGAAUCUCAACAAGUAGCAUCAGCGACUUUGCUCAUGCGGCGUUGACACACAUCGUUGGAACCAGCUUCUCUGGAACAAGAGCUUGAAUCUCGAUCCCACUUCACUCUGUGGACGUUCAGCUAAUGCAACACGUGUGUUUGAGGUGUCUCAUGUGAUGAAAUCGUGCCAUAAAGAGGGAUGACUUCUUAUGGAAGUUAACAAUAGACAGUUGUAUAAAUGUAACUUCUAAUACAGUAUUAAGAAUCAAAACACACACACACACACACACACCUCUGCUUUUAAAUCUCCUGAGCCACAUUGAUCCACUCACUUAGAUCCCUCAGAUAACAAGGUUUAUUUUAUUAAUUUGAUGGUCAUCCACUGGCUGAUUCUCCUUGGGCAAGACUGAGGACGGAAUAAAUACAAUAUAACUCAAUUCAUCAUAAAAUAUAUAGUACUUUCAUGUCAUAGAAUAUUGUCAAAAUUCUAAAAUUUCAUAUCACAGGCUUUUAUUUGGUCUGCUUAAUGCAUUUAUAGCAGAUUUAAAUAUAAAAUCUGUUCAUUUUGGUAAUCAUAUCACUACUGAUGAAUAAUGCAGAUUUUAAGUGAGUCGCUGUGUGCUGGAGAGCACCGUAGAGACGUCCUCUGUUUGGUUGUUACAGGAAAGGAUCUAUAAAACUAUGGUCGCAAAUUAACUCGAAAAUCCGAUGAAUUAAACAGCAUUGAAUAUGACUAAUAACCUAGAUAAAAAACAAAACAUAAUAUCUAUGGUUUCAAUAAACAAAUACCGCCACCUACUGGUAGAGAUGGUGAACACGUUCA